GGACACCAAUCCAGAAUGAAACUAGAGACUCGAAAUCAAACCUAAUGGUCCCUGACUUUUCUGUUACAACACAGAUCGGAAGUCAGGAAGUUUCAGUCCUGUUACUUGAAGGAAAAUUAGCCAAGAAUCGAGGGUACAAUCAGAUUUGGGACGACCUUAGCAAACUUGGCCAAGAAAUGAAGUUGGCACUUGAUGCCAUUUUGAAACUCCAGCCAAAGAGUGAUGUUUGCGUCAUUGGAAUACAUAUACAUGAGCCAGUUGCAGAUUUUUAUACACUCAAGAUUCAUGCAGAGGCUACUUAUGUCAUGCGUAAAUUUGCAACCAGUUAUAUUCCAACAGAGGCAAUGAACACUUUUCCACUUGUUCAUUUAAUGGAGAUCUUUGAGCAUGUCAGAGUAAAAGUUCAACAGACUGUUGAACAACUUCGUCAAGUGAAGAUUCAUGCAAGCCCGGAUCCCAAAGUACCACUCUCAUGGCUACGACCAUCCUUUAACAAGCCAAAGCUUCAAAGGAUUCUGGACGGCCAAUAAAAGUACUUUCUCAAGCCUCUCAAGAUGGCUCCGAUACCCUGUCUACGUUCAAUGGAUGAACACUGUCAUUACAUCUGCAAC